AUGCGUCCUCUGCGGCUUCGUACCGUUGGCUCUCUCCUCCCUUCGCACACCGCUUCUUUCUAUCGUGAUGCGGCAUCGGCCUCCUAUCGUGCGUGGCGCAGCCUGAGCACAACGGCCCAUAACAGUCAAGAGAAUGCGACGACAAACUACACGGCGCCUCCACUGGAGCAGCAGCCCUCCGCAUCACCACUAGCCAGCCCGGUAACCUCCCACUCAAUGCUGUUUUCCAGGAUUGACUCCGCAGUACUGUGCCCGCGACUCUCGCAGCGACAGAUGCGGCAACGACAGCGCAAAUGGGGUGCCUUGUGGCGAUACCGAUCAGAAUACUGGUCGCCCCGCUCUGUGCCGACACCGCCGCAGGUAGCUUCAGCGAUGAUCACCGCCUCGCCGCGCACUUCUGUACGUGUGCCGCACUCCGGAGUCUCCCAAGAUGGUCUCGCAAAGACGACGAAACGUGGCGCAGAGCAAGUCCCAGAUGUGAUCAGUUCUUCUCCUUCACCCAGGCGGGAUCGCACCACGGCUGAGGUGGAGUGUGAGACAGAUGGUGGCACACGAGCAAGUCCGCGGGCAGACUCCACCGGUGCUGCAAUUGUCGAUUCUGCUACCCCUGGUAGCAUGCACAGCUCUGCGGUGGGUACGCACUCCAUAGAGGACCCUCUGCUAACCUUUCUGGACACGCACGAGGAAGAUGCGGCGUUGCUGCUCGCGAUGUGGACGUCACUGCAUCGCAGUUGUGUCUUUGGAUCUGCUCUGUCGGAGUCGAUAGUUCUUCAAGUGCGCUACUUUCUUCAUUCCCUUCUUCGCUACCGUGCGGUGGGGGCGGCGGUGAACUUCUACUACCGACUCAUGGGUAUCGGGAUGCAGCUGCAUCAAAGCGAUCUGCUGCUGCUGUUCUCGAGCUUGACGUACGAUAGCCCUGGACCGACAGAAGAGAGGCAGCUGCGCAAGCCGGCCAAGACCGCAGUGAUCGAAGACGACAAGAAAAUUGGGACUCGGCGACGCAAGCAGCUCCACGAGCCUACUACACGAGUGCACCCAGCAGACAGUUCAGACCAAAGUCAGCAUAACAAGGCCGGGAAGGGAAGCGGCGAGGCACUAGCAUGUCAGAUGGGCAGCAUGGGCACCGUGGCGAGGAAGACAGGUGCGCCUGCGUUCUGUAAGGAGGGGCCUGCGGGUGUGAGUGCUGGUGCCACUGAGAGCACUGGGGACACAGCUUGGAAUGCACAUGUGGCUGGUGCGACCCACAUUGCGGAGGGCAGCAACGUCGGCGUCUCCUGUGCCUCCCGUUGGGACCGCAGAAGAGCAGAUAGCGAAGCACAGCCACCCAGCUCCAUUGCACGCCGUGUGGCUUUUCACCAGCAGCCAGAGUGGAUCAAGAGAUGGAUCCUUUACGAAGCCUCCAUGGGGACACUAGAAGAUCUGGACGGGGUGGAAGAUGAUGGACAGCCAAGCACACGAUCGACGCGCAGCAGCGAAGACCCGUGUUGGAGUGCCAACAACAGGGUGCACAUGGACACCGCAGCGCCGUCAUGGCAACCGUUACAGAGGAUAGAAAUGGCAGCGAUUCUGGAACACCUGCACCUCCUCACUCUCGGCGCCAUGCAGCGAGACCAUCGCAGCCCAACCGAACCAAACACAGCGUUGCCGCGGCGACCCUUGCGAUGCUCCUCGCGACGGCCACAGCCACGGUCUGUUGAGAGACUCUACUGGAAGGAGGCUCUAGAGCUAGUGCGAGGCGCCUACAUAUCUGCAUCAUGGCCCAUAGGACUGAGCAAGGGUGAUGGGAACUUGCCCUGUCAGGCGGCAGAAGGUCUGGCCCUUCCCACUGGCGUCGCUUUUGCUCUACAGUCGAUGCUUCGUGAAGUGCAAAGUUGGAAGGGCGCACUUGCUCUUCUGAGGCUGACGUUGCGGGAGGCGAACCAUCGAGGUGCGGGGGCGGCCGGAGCGCUUUCUAUGACACCUGACUGCUUUCUGCGUGGAUCUAUUCUGUUCAUGGCUUUGGCUGCCCCUGCGCAGCCGUGGAAGACCCAGGCGUUGGUUGAAGAGUGGAUGCAUCGCGUGAUGCUGCCUCGGCUGGCACACGACGCGAGAGCGAAGGCGGAAGCCCCCUUUACGGCGACAGCCGCAACAGCAGCUCUUCACGCUCUGUGGCUGAGCCACCUCUGCAGCGUAAAGGCAUCACGGCCGGACGAGUUUGUUGCGCUGAGUGAAGAGGCGGCAGACUACUUAACUUCUUCCUCCGCGCUGCGAGCGAUUCGCGGCGACCUCACGCUCAUGAUGACAGAGGUGUGCUCGAGCACCGAACUGGCCCUUGAUGCCUUGCGGCAGACAGUGCUGCAGGCUCUGCAGUACCACCGCGCCUCAGAGGUACUGGCCAAGUCCAUUCGAACAGGCGCCUACAGGGUUGAGAAUGCCAAAGGCAUACCCGAACUCAGCAGAGACCACGAGAGUAAUCACGCCGUCGAUGCGCUGACAAAGACAGCAGUGACAUCGUCGGCCGCUCUCAUGUGCGGAAUGAGCUUCUCCCCCUCGAGUCAGACUGCAAUUCAAUCAUCUCUCUCGCUCUCAACGCCUCUAUUGAGCGACAUGAUGGAUGUGUUUGCCCUGUGCUGUGCAGCUGUCAAGGAGACAGUCUGGCUGCGCCUCACGACAGCCACCUCGACAAACUAUGCUGCGUCUCUGGUCGAGGUCCUGCAGUUUCUGGAGCGCAGUGUGCACGGUCCGGCAGGUCUCCUUAGUGUGUUCCAGCUCCUGUGUGGCUCACCAGUGUCGCGGCAGGCACACAACGACAAGGAGUCGCCGCCGGUGUCGACGGCAUACACAACGUCGGGACCGGAGCGGGCAUACAUGUCGUGCCUUUUGGCCACCACUCUCUUGCAGCUCGUGCAGCUUCUCUGUGCACCACCGGAUCCGAAGCAGCGCCGCUUCGGCUCCCAGGUAUGGAACGGCGCGGUGCUGGUCCUCCUUGUGGAGUUCGCGGUGAAGGUGCUGGAGAGAGUUACGGCGGAGCAUGUCCAACAGGCGCCGUGGCGGUGGGCAAUUGAGGGGCGUCAGCAGGAGCUCGCGAAUGCGACUGCGAGCACGAUACGCCUUGUUGUGCGCCAGCUCGAUAUUAAUUGCAUGAACGAGAGGGUCAUGUUUGGUGCCAUGGCCGACCAAGAUGUCGAACUCUGCGCUCUUCUUGUCCGAGUCUUCAACAAAUCAUCGGAGUUGAUGGUGGCUUCGCGUGCUAGUGAUGUGUGGCGGAUCUCAUCUCCGUCGCCCGUGUGGCAAAUUUUGACCUCCACAUGCUCUCCCCGCACCCUACAAGGAAUCCAUCUGUGCCUCAGCAGCUCUAGCGCACUGGGGAAGCGAGUACGAUAUCGGCUUAGCCGCCGUGAUGUGGAUAACCUGGAACGCUGGAUUCAGCCGCCGCGGUCGCGUCUGCGCACCUCCGCUCGCCUGCGCUGCGCCCGCGUUGCGGCGCUAUCGUCGUCGACGCGUGUCGUGAAAGCGAGAGUCGGAACUGGUGUUGCUGUACUGGAACGCGAUGUGGGCAUCGACUUUUCUCUUACUCGCAGCCUCCGCGACUCGUUGUACACGAUCCUGAACAGCGAGCGCACGAAGGCUGAUGUUGGGCAAGCGCUGCAGCGACUGGCGAGUACAAUGUCGGGCUGUAAUGCCUGCUGGCUACUAUGCCAUCUCGUGACGAAAGACAUCGCUUUGGCCCGCGGCACGUGCACUGUGGACUUUUUUGCCACAACGCUGGAUCGCAUGGCGCAGGAGGUAGCGAAGUCCAACGCUACGGCACCUGCAGUAACAAGGGUGUCGCUAUUGCAGGGAGGUCGUUUGCGGCCGUCUCGUGAAACCUAUGGUACCCAGACCGCCCCCAAGACGUAUGGCCCACCCAACUUGUGGCUAAGGGCCCUCGACGUCUUCUGGAGCGCCGUCGAUCACGCUGAACACGUGGAAGUGGCUGCGACGCAGCACCCCAGCGCCCCCACUGUCAACGCCGCUGAGACAGCGCGCACGUGGAAUUUAGUGAGUGUGGAGUCGCAGGAGCGCGCUGUACUUGCGCGCCUGCUGCUCCCACUUCUGCGCUUUAGCCGCGCCGUGAAUCGGCCAGAGGUCGGCCGUCAGUGGCGUCGCACCUGGAUCGCCAUGUAUGCACCACAAGAAAAGAAGAACCCGCGGUGGCGCCAACAGAACAUCGAGGCGCUGUCGCUGCUAGGAGAGGCCGCAGCGCUGACUCGCUGCGUUGCGGAGUACCACGACUGCGGUAGCGAAGCAUUGCUGUGCUCGGUGGCUCUUCAGCACAGCGACUGGCACUCUGCACUGGCGGCAAUCUUUCAAACAUACGGCGCUAUCGAGGAGCGCCACGCGACGGGGACGACGUACUCAUGCGACGUGGCCCGCACUAUUUUGUCGCUGCUAACGAAGUCACCGAUGAACCUCAGCAACACAGCAAUGCGUGUGCGCGCCGUUCAGGGCGAGAUAUGGGAUGUGGAGUGUAGUCUUGCAGUGGUGCGGUUGCUACUACGGGGUCGCCGAUGGCGCCUGGCGCUGACUCAUGUUGACGAGGCACUGGAACUGCCAGACAUGCAGCGAGUCAAAGCGCAAGUGCUCGUGGACCCUGCCGGUCAUUUACGGCAGGAGGCGUUCCCAACCUCGCCCACACAGACAAUACUGACGCACUAUACCCAGUUACUCACGGCAGCGUUGCAGGCAACGGCGAUCGGUGGCGACAGUGAGCGCGCAUCAGUGUACUACGAUGCCUUCAAAGCACUACUGCGCUACGUCUUCGCUGAAACAGUUAACGUGGGUACUCUUCACGCAGCUGAAGAUUGCUCGCAGAAUAGCGAUAGUGAUGGGCUGGAUGCUGCGCUGGACAUGGCUACUUUGUCUGAAAGGGGCGCAGCUCACGCCUCUUGCGUGGAGGACCGAGUGCAGCAGACAGUACGAGAACUGGCGCCGCGUGCGCGCAUUUUGUUCUUCCGAGCUAUGACAAAGAGGAUGCUCACGUCGCAUGCUGGAAAAUGA